CCGUUCUCCCGGCGAAACGUCCACGUCUAUCCCUUCGGAUGUCCUGUGGAUGAGCUCAUCUUACCGUCUCGCGAUGAUGAGUCAGAUCUUCGUUGUCCUCACCCUGGCUUCGCUUUGUCCCGUCGUCGACGUCAAUGGUGCGUUCAUCCCCUCGUCCUCUUGGCUGUCGCGCAAGCUUCGUCAGCACCAAGGCUUCCCCUCACCGAAGCAGGGAGUGUCGCGCGUGAGGCCUCACCUCAGAUCUGGUCUGGCAAUGAGGCAGCUCACAAAGGAGGAUUCUCGGCGUGGACGGCCGUUGGCGACGCUGUGAGGUACCUGAAAGAGCACGAGAGCCCCAAGCCAUUCAUCUCGGGCACCCUGGACCUGCUGCCGUCCAUCCACGGGCCCUCAUGGACGCUCGAACCCGACUGCAUCACGAUCACAGACGCCCCCUUCUCCGUAAGCAUGAUGGGCAGAGCACACAGCAGAUAUCUCGUGUGCAUUCCUGCCUGUCUGUGUGUGUUCUUGCAUGCAGACGUCUGCACUGAAAGCGUUGUACGAAGAGCAUUUAUCUCAGUCUCCUGUGGGCAAGGGCAUGGACACGGUGAUGGACUUGGAGGCGCGCAAGUCACGAGAAGUGGCGGGAGGACUCGUGUCGCUCAAAAGCAAGGCUGGUAACUGGACCAGGGUGAUCGAGGGCAUCUGCCGACAAGUGGAAGUGGAGAUGUCGCCGACCAGCCGUGUGCAGGCCGAUUGGUACAAGAUGCUGCUCUACGGCGAAGGCGACUUCUUUGAGGUGCACAAGGACACACAGCGCUCGAACGACCACUUUGCCUCUCUGCUGGUCUUCCUGCCCACCGAGUAUACUGGAGGCGACUUCUUGCUGCACGAUGAUGGAGAGUUCGAUGGCGAGAGAUUCAACAAGGAGACGCAAGACGCCCUCGGGCACCAGCAAGCUCGAUGGAUCGCUUUCUACUCCCGACAUUGUCCACAGCGUCAAGCCUGUUCUGUCGGGAUAUCGCCUCGCGCUCGCCUACAACUUGCGCCGUCACGAGACUGGGGAGAGGUUCACGAAGGACGGCCCGCUGGCGCCUCCAUUGCAGCGGCUGGUGGAUGGCAUGAAGGAGCACUUCAACUCUCCGCAGGUAUAGAGACGGACGGUCGUCAUCUGCUCCUUCUCAUGUGUACUCAUGUGUAGGGCCUAUGCAUUGCUCGAUGUGUGUCUCUUCUCUUCAGGCCAACCAGUCGUGGGUGUUCCAGCUAUCGCACGAGUACACUCUCUCGAGUAUGACGCCAGCUCACCUCAAAGGCGUCGCGCCCUCUACCAGCUGCUCUCUCAGCAUUUCGACUGCCACACCACCCUGCUGAGCGCCUACAUGGACUGGGAUGGCGACCCCGAGUUCAGAGUCGUCAACAAGUCCGUGACAAAGGACAUGAAGAAGGUUGCUGAAUACUAUCAAAAUCGCGGCGAGGGUGAAGAGGAGCGACAUGAGGAGGAGUUUGCGAAAAAUUUGACUCACUACUGGGGGAUCGCUGACGGAUACCCCAAAGCUGAUGUGCCAGAGAUAGGGGAGCUGCUGACGAACCGCUCGAUUGUAGACGAGUGGGACAUGGAAGGCGAAGGGGGGCCGGGGAUCAAUCUUUACGAGUUUCUGCAAGACGGAAGAGAGCCAAUAGUGGAAAUCGUCGAUGAACCUUACCCUUGCCAGAGGGAGACGUGGCCACCAGAGCUACCGCCAGAGACGAGCUUUAUCUAUCGAGUUGGUCCACCAGGCGAGCAACGCAUUCCCGGCCUUCGCGGCCACCUUGGCUAUAACGCUGUGGUCCGAGCACCCUUGACUCGUUAUGCAGGAAAUGAAGGCGCUGUCGAUUGGAGCUUUCAGUACGUCUCUGUUGUAAUGGUGUGCAAGAAGAAAUAUCAGUGAGACAAGAGUGUAUACAUAGGGGGAUGGGGUGGACGAGAGACAUUCGGGUUAGCUGAUGAUGUGUCUGUCACCAGUAGCUGGGCCAUAGGUGUGGAGUGAUUUUGGUUUAUUUUCGGAUGCGGCGGCGUGCAUGAGUGAGUGAUAUGUGGAUUCAUUCGAAUCAUGCAGGUACAUCAAAUGGG